GGUUCUUUCCGGUCACAAACACACACACACACAAAAAAAAACAUGGCGGACAUGUAGCGCUGAAUAAUACUACAUUCUAGACGAGAAUGAGUAGCGAUAUGGGAUGCAAGUGUUCAAAAGACUUUGCUGGACAUUUACCAAAAGUAGUUUAUCGUCCAUUAAGGCCCCAUGGAGCAUCGAUUCCCCCGCCAUUUACUGUGAUUCAUCGACUCAAACAUGUAGGUCCACUUGGCUUUGAACAACCUUUCCGAAUCAGUGCUUGUUGUUUCAUACCUGAUGACGAUAACAUGUUGAUAACUCUAAGCACGUUAUCAGUCCAAGAUGCUGCGAGACCCUUUAGGGCGGGAUUUGUCCAAAGUUGGGAUCUACAAGACACUGAGUCAGGUCAUGAUGACAGUCUGUUUACAUAUUCUCCAAAGCCGACAUUAUCAGUUUCGCCUGACGGGGGUCUUGUUGGGGCGAUACUUAACAGUGGGAGACGUCAGUUAAUUAUAGCAGAGAGGGAUAAAGAAUGCACACUUGAGCCAUGUAAGAUAGAGUGUGUGUCAAGAACAGGGGAUGAAAACUUGAGUGCCAGGACAGCUUGUUGUGUGUUUGCACCUUGUGGAACUAUUGCCGUCACAGUUAGCAAUGUGACUCUUUCUGUUACUCGUGGCACAGAAAUCAAUGAAAUCUGUUUAUGGAGGGUUGAUGGGCGCACCUUCCAAAGUCGGUGGAAGUCGAGCUGUGAGGUAAUACUUCCCAAUUUUUCGGGCUCACUGCUAAGUCUUGUGUUUUCACCAGACAGCUCCCUGAUAGCUCUUUCCACAUCACAUGGACAACUCUAUGUCAUACGAAGCUCAAAUCUAGAAAUUUGUCAAACCUUAAAGCAUGACAGAUCUGUUGGUGAAAGUUGUUUCUGCCAGUUUGAUCCUCGGUUUGCUUUCAAUAAGCUGACUGCUUGCUUCUCAAAUGGCACAUUUAAGGUUUGGAGACUAGAUGAGGACAAUCAUAUCUGCAUGAAAUCCAGAAACAUCUCAGAGGACUCAUGUAAAAUAACCUCUUUUUCCUAUUGUCCUGAUGGAACACUCAUAGCAUUCGGAUUGUCUAAUGGUACAGUGCAUGUAUAUGAUACUGAAUUUUACAAAUUUCUAUACAUUGUAAAUCAAGAUCAAUAUGUCAUCCCAAGAGCUGGCAGAGGUUUGUCUGUAUGUUCUGUCAGUUUCCCCAAAACCUGUCAACAAAUUGCUGUAGGAUACAACAAUAGCUAUGUCUGUAUUUGGCAGCUGCCUGUCAAGAUGGAACUACAGCAUCUUUGCCGCAUAGUUAUCAAUCAGCUUGUGCCAGCCAAUCGAAUCCAUGAACUACCCUUGCCAAAGUCGCUGAAGGCUUAUUUGCUUUACACCUUUCUCAACCUAGAUGAGAGAGAGGUCACAGAAUGUCAAACAAGUAGCCAACAAUAGCACACUUCAAAACAAGGGGCCUAUAUAGUUGUUUACUCAUGGUGGGUACUUGCCCAGGAACAAGGAUGAUCCUAAUUAUCACACAAUGGUUUUAAAUUUUGUUUUAAAAUUUGAUCAACAUUUAUUAGAACCAAUUUCAAC